UUCAGACUCCUCUUUCUCAUGGUUACACUGUCAGUGAAUAAACUGUUUAUGCCACAAAUUCAGCCAGUUCUUUGGGACCUCAUUCAGCAGGACGACAACUCUUCUGCUCUCAGGGUUCUGCUGCAGGAGUACCUGCAGAUGCCAAGAGACAGCAUUCGAACUCUGGUGAUGUCUGCUGAGAAAGAUGCUGUAAAGAGAUUCAUCUCCCACAUGCAUCAAAGCUGGGAUCAGCUGCAAGUUGAAACCAGCCAGGUCUCUCAAAAAGAGCAACAAGCUAUGGAAACUAUGACAGCUGCAUUUAUUCACAAGUUCCCUAGAGUGACCCCAGAGCUGUUUGUGGACCUUUCUCAGUUCAUACCAUUCAUGUCAGUCUCAGACAUAAUGAGUUUCCCAGCCUCCCUUAUUGUCAAUGACAGCGUGUUGACAGCCAUUCGAGACCACAGCUCAGAGAUGAAGCUGCCUCAGAAAAAGGCCUUUGUGAAACGACUGCUGCAGUCUCAAGCGGUGGGAGAUGUCCCAACAUGGCCACCGUACUUUCUUAGUUCCAUUCUCCCUCUUCUGCCGUACCUUCCGGUCAGCCAUUUUCAACAGCUGACACCACAACAGCUCAGUCCUGUGGUAGAGUUGCUAGGCAACAGCAGUCUGGAUAUUGUGAGGGGGCGCCAUGUGCUUCGGACCCUUUUCAGCAAGAGGAAGAAUCUGACUGGCGAUGACAUAGCGAGGUUAGGAGUUCUUGCAUGCUACCUGGAUCCAGCGGACCUGGGUCCAUAUCUCCAGGACUCAGAGGUGUCCUUUGCCUUGUGGCAGCAGCUUUCUCAGUGCAUGUCCGAAGGGCUAAUCAGUUCCAGUGGCAGACUAUCAUCUUGGUUGAUACCAGCAGUUCAGACUCUGAACAUCAGCACCAUGGCUUCUCCACAGCUGUCUGCUCUCAGUGGUUUGCUGCCCCAUUUAGGGGCUCCCUUCCUGCUGUCUCUUCCCACUCAGCAAGUCUUGGAAAUCCUGUCAAAACCAGCCUUGCACAAAUACUCACCAGCUCAGGCUUUUCAGAUCUUAUCCAAAAUGUCAAAGGAGGCAAAUCUCACAACAGAACAACUGUGCAGCCUAAAACCUUUACACCCCGGCCUCUCUCCUGCUGUGUUCAGAGGCCUCCAUUGGUCUGAGAUCAGUGAAGCUGCUAACUGUUCAUGCUGGAGGGCGCUGCUAACAGAUCUCAAACCUGGACAAAGAGCCAUGCUCUACAGUGCAAUGCAGGAGGCUCUACACAGACACUGGAGUAACAUCACACAGCAGGUACACUGUUUGCUUCCUUUUACCCCUCUGAGGAAGCUGAUACAGACCAUGAGUGGUGAGAGCAUUUGGAAAAGCAUCAACGCCUACAGAGACACUCCAUGGUCCCUGCAGCAGGCUCAGUUUCUGUUUCGCAAAAUCCAUGAAUUCAAAAAUCUUACCAUCAAAUCAUUGAGGGAUCUGGGUCAGAUUACUGGUGGAAUGAGUUGUAGUCUCUUGAGGCUUUGGAAGAAUGACACAGAUCUCCCAGAGCUCCUGCAGUUUGUAAGUGAACAACCUGGAGGCACGAGACUUUCUCUGAGAAAAUGCAUAGUGGAAGAACUGAGGAAACAACAUGCCAUUGACCUCAAUAAUUUGAGCGCUGGUUUUGCUGCGACACUACCAGUAACGAUGAUGGAGGACCUCUCCAAUGCAUCUGUCAGAGCCAUUCUGGACUACAUUAAGACAAAUUUUAUUGAUUUCCUGAAACUGCCACACUAUAAACAAACCUAUUUAGCUGAGAGAGCCAUAACUGAGCUGGGCUCUUCUCUGGCAGAGCCACAAAUAAGUGGCCCCGUUUUGGACAUCUUGGGGCCUUUGUUGCCGUUCUUGGACAGAGACAGCCUGGCUCUGGUGGAUAGAGAAGCCCUGGCUCUGCGGAUGGAAGAUAUGAGAAGCUUCUGCUUUCCUAAAGAAGCUCUGAGAGAUAUUAGCAACAUGCUAACUCAGAAGGACUUGUUCGGUGAUCCAUCCAAAUGGCACGUUGGCGAUGUGGAACAUUUGGGCAGGCUAAUGUUUGCUCUCUCAACAAAGCAGAUUAACUCCAUUCCAAAGACUGUGCUGAAUAAGGACAUAGUCGAGCAGAUCCUGGUGGGUCAAAAGCGUUGGAAGGACAGUGAGGUUGGCAGAGUUUGUGUCAUCCAGUGUGUGGACGAGCAUCAAUACAGGCAACAGACUCAGAGCCUCAUUCAGUGGAUUGUCAAAGCACAAAAUCGUCGGGCAAAAAUGCCAACCCCAAGCUGUGCAGACAUUAGAGGGACGUUUCCUUCUGCUUGGAUGUCCACUCAGCUCAGCCGGAUGUCAGAGAAGGAGCUAAGGGAAUGUGUGGAAGUCUUUGGUCAGGAUUCAUCACUGAGCUCAGUGCAGCGGCGGGCACUGUGGAUCAGACUGAGGCAGCUCUUCAACCCCGGGAGGGAGCUGAGAACAGAUCAGGUGCUGGCGCUGGGCUCACUGGUGACAGAGAUGGGGGACAGGGAGCUGCAGGACAGCGGCCUCACUGACAUGACUGUACUGGCACAUCUUGGCACAUUGACAGACUGGAAUCCACGAAAGAUGAGAGCAGUGGUUUUAAAUGUGAUGCGAAAACGAAGGCUGAAAGUGGAGCAGUUAACAGAUGUCGAUCUAGCAACAUUUGGCCAUCUGAUCUGUGGUCUUUACCCCUCAGAGAUGAAAAGACUCAACUCCUAUAACCUCAGUGUAGCUGUUAUGUUCUUGCGGGAGAUGUCCCUGCCGUGCACGGAGCAGCAGAUGGAGGCGCUGACUAGCUCUUUGUUCAGACCGGAGGCCUUUGGUCCAGUCAGUGCUUGGGGACCUGAGAUAUUCACUGAAAUUGGGACAUUGGCAGCGGGAUUGCCUGAUAUUGUGCUGUCAGCCCUCCUUCAGGAACAAGUGGAAGGAAUCACCCCUGAGGCUAUUGCAAUGAUGUCUCCCAAAAAGAUGGCAGUGGUGUUCAGCGCCGUCCAGUUGUCGUGGCUGAGUGUGGAGCAGGCGUGGGCUGUCACACAGGAGCAGUGGGCAGAGCUGGACACUGAACAGAGACAUGCUCUCACACUUGCUCGCUAUGAGGGGGAUGUCUUACUUGAGCUCCGAGGGAGAAACCUGGCUCCAGGACCGCUACACACAGAUAGCCUUACUUUACACUUACUGGCUCUGUGCUUUUUGUUACGGCAACUUGUUUAAAAUGGUGGAACAUUGUGUGGUUGUCCCAUUGCCUUCUCUUAAGAUGUUAUUUGUACUUAAAAUAAAUAUUUUUAACUCUUCUGCU